AGAUCCUCUCUCUCUCUCGUGUUAUACUUUGCGCAACUGUAAGCUGUAAGCCGUUCCUGAAACCAAUCCUCGAAGAAAUGGAUUUCCUCCAGGGUUGCUUGCUUUGCCUUCUCCUCACCAUCUUCCAUUUCCUGGCAAGAAAAGCCAGCAAGACUCCCAGCAAGCUCCCGCCGGGACCCGCCCAGCUUCCAAUCAUAGGCAACCUCCACAACCUGGGCGACCAGCCCCACAAAUCACUAGCCGAUCUGGCCAAGAUCCAUGGCCCCCUGAUGAGCCUCAAGCUCGGCCAAGUCACCACCAUCGUCGCUUCUUCCCCUGCCGUCGCCAAAGAAAUCCUCCAAAAGCACGACCAGGUCCUCUGCAACCGCCAGGUCCUCCUCGCCAUACAAGCCCGCGACCACCACCAGUUUGGCAUGCCGUGGCUCCCCGUCGAAUCUAGGUGGAGGAACCUCAGAAAAGUCUGCAACUCCUACAUCUUCACUACCCAGAAGCUGGAUUCCAACCAGGAGCUCCGGAGGAGGAAGAUUGAAGAGCUAAUCGAAGGUGUUCGACGAAAUGGGUGUGAGGGGGAAAAAGCGGUGGAUAUUGGGAGGGAAGCGUUCAGGGCCAGUCUGAAUGCUCUGUCGUCGACGAUUCUUUCGCUGGAUUUGGCGGACGAUGAGGGAUCUGAGACUGCCAGGGAGUUUAAGGAGGUUGCAAGGGGGAUUAUGGACGAGGCGGGGAAGCCCAAUUUAGGGGACUACUACCCUGUUCUGGGCAAGAUGGAUUUGCAGGGAAUACAGAGGCGUAUGAGCAAUCAUUUCAGGAGAGUUUUGGAGCUGUUUGGUUCGGUGAUCGAUGAGCGGCUGGGGAAGCAGAAGUCGGGGAGCUAUGUCUCCGGCAACGACAUGCUCGACACGCUUCUCGCCAUCGGACAAGACCAUCAGGAGGCUUCCAUGGAUGCAGAGCAAAUCAAACACUUGUUCUUGGUUCUAUUUGUAGCUGGAACCGACACAACUUCAAGCACACUAGAGUGGGCCAUGGCAGAGCUUCUUCGUAAUCCUUAUGUGCUCGUUAAAGCCAAGGAAGAGCUUGAACAAAUUAUCGGAAAAGGAAACCCUCUUCAGGAGUCAGAUAUCCAUAAGUUACCAUAUCUACAAUCAAUCAUCAAAGAGACUUUUAGGUUGCAUCCACCAGUUCCCCUUCUACUCCCACGCAAGGCAGGAGCAGAAGUGGCAAUUUGUGGCUUCGCAGUGCCCAAAGGUGCACAAAUUCUCGUGAAUGCAUGGGCUAUAGGCAGAGAUCCGUCGACGUGGGAUGCUCCGAACUCGUUCGUGCCAGAAAGAUUUAUGGAGUCGUCGGUUGAUGUGAAGGGGAACAAUUUUGAGUUGAUCCCGUUUGGCGGCGGAAGAAGGAUAUGUCCUGGAUUGCCACUAGCAUUGAGAAUGUUGCAUAUGAUGCUGGGUUCACUCGUUCAUUGGUUCGACUGGAAGUUGGCAGAUGAAAUUGUGCCAGAAAAGUUAGAUAUGGAAGAGAAGUUCGGACUCACUUUGCAAAAGGCCAAACCUUUACUUGCUAUCCCCACCAAAACCACCAAAGAAAUGGAUUUCUUCCUUUUCCUGGGUUGCCUGCUCUGCCUUCCCUUCACCAUCUUCCAUUUCCUGACCAGAAAAGCCAACAGAACCUCCGGCAAACUCCCGCCGGGACCCACCCGGCUUCCAAUAAUAGGCAACCUCCACAACCUGGGCGACCAGCCUCACAAAUCGCUCGCCGAUCUAGCCCAAAUUCACGGCCCCUUGAUGAGCCUCAAGCUCGGCCAAGUCACCACCAUCGUCGCUUCUUCCCCUGCCGUAGCCAAGGAAAUCCUCCAGAAGCACGACCAUGCACUCUCCGACCGCUACGUCAUCCUCGCCGCGCGACCGCUCGACCACCACCAGUUCGGCAUGUCGUGGCUCCCCGUGGAAUCCAAGUGGAGGAACCUCAGAAAAGUCUGCAACUCGUACAUCUUCACUACCCAGAAGCUGGAUUCGAACCAGGAGCUGCGGAGGGAGAAGAUUGAAGAGCUCCUGGAAGGUAUUCGACGAAAUUACUGUGAGGGAGGGAAAGCGGUGGAUGUCGGGGAAGCAGUGUUCAGGACCACUUUGAAUGCUCUGUCGAGGACCAUUUUUUCGUUGGAUCUGGCGGAUGAGGAAGGUUCGGAGACCGCCAGAGAAUUCAAGGAGGCCGGGCGGCAGAUCAUUGAGGACGGCGGGAAGCCCAAUUUGGGCGACUAUUUCCCUGCUCUAGCGAGAAUGGAUUUGCAGGGUAUACAGAGGAGGGUGGGGAUCAAUUUGGGGAAGAUUUUGGAUUUGUUCGGCUCGGUGAUCGACGAACGGUUGCGGAGGAGGCGGAACUCGGAGUGCUAUUUCUCUGGUAACGACAUACUGGAUACGCUUUUGGCCAUUGGGGAUGACAAUCAGGAGGCUUCCAUGGAUGCCGAGCGCAUUAAGCACUUGUUCUUUGUGAGUAUUUUCAAAGUCAAAUUCAAUUAA